AUGGCUAGCGGAUUUGUUUCCGCAAUUAACGGUCGUCCCCCUCCUGCUCGCAUUAAUACCCGGAGCUCGUCCAGGCGUGGGUCACCAAGACGAGACGAUGACCGAAUUUUUACUUCUGGGAGGGAUCGUUCCCGUUCGCCCAGAAACGAGUCUCGUGGAGGAGUCACAGCUCUCGAUUUAAUUGGUGCAGCAAAUCGUGGGACCAAUCGUCGAAACGAGGAUCGCGCACCCACUUCUCCGACGGGCGCCCGUAACAAUCUCCCUCGCGAACCUGCAAGCGCAACCGACGCAGGAGCAGGAACGCGCAAUGUCGGCACCCCUGCACCUCGCGCCAACCGUAAUGAGGAGGGACCGCCUGGAUUUAUCAACCAGGUCAACCCCCCUCUCGCCACUGUAUCAGCCCAGGGGCGCGUGCCAGGCCAGCAGCAGAGGCACGCGCAAGUGGAGCAAGGACCCGCGCCUCAGGCCCCUCAGGCCCCUCAGGGACACGCGUCAGUCCGAGGCAGGCACGUGCGUGAGGAGCACACGCCUCGCGCGCCUGCUGCACCAGAGCGCGUGGCGAAUCUUUCGCCUGGCGAAAAUUCACGGCGUCCGGUACAGCAGAAUCUCGACAAAAUCGGGACGGCGCGUGCUGCUGCUCGUUCGGAUUUCGCGGCGAUGCUGGGAAAUCUUGACCACUCUACCCAAGCGAAUCUUCUCUAG